CUACCCAGAUGCUAUGAUAACACCUGCAUAAGUACUUCUCCCCUCUCUUUAGCUAUACAAUUUACAACGCUCAAACAUGUUCACGUUUCCAUGCAAUGUAAUUGUCACUGACCAAAUUCAAUGCACAUUCGUCGGCCUUCCUAGGCCUAUCUUCUCUUUUCGCCGACGAAAGGAUGUAGUGACCUGCUCUCUUCCGGUUUCUAAAUCUCCAACUUCGGCUAAAAUCCAGGCUGUUGUAUCGGAGCAAGAAGGUCCUGCGCUUGCCGAAACUGCGGGCGCAUUGGCGGAUUGGCAAAGGUUGCGAAGUUCAACGGAAGACAGAUUGUUGUACAAGGAGAAGUUUAUAGUAAGAAGUUAUGAGGUUGGGAUUAACAAAACUGCCACUGUUGAAACCAUUGCUAAUCUCUUGCAGGAGGCUGCAUGUAACCAUGCACAAAGUCUUGGAUUUUCAACGGAUGGAUUUGCGACAAUCACGAGCAUGAGAAAGUUUAAUCUCAUAUGGGUGUUGCGUCGUAUGCACAUUGAAAUCUCAAAAUAUCCUGCUUGGGGCGAUGUGGUUGAAUUCGAGACAUGGCUCCACAGUGAAGGUAGAGUGGGAACAAGACGUGAUUGGAUUAUAAAAGACUAUGCCAGUGGUCAAGUUAUUGGAAGAGCCACAAGCAAAUAUGUGAUGAUGAACAAGGUUACCAGGCGGCCACAGAAAGCCAGUGAUGAAAUUCUAGAAGAAUUGUUACUCCUCUGUACACCGAAAUCCAGAAUAUCUUUUCCGGACAAUGCCAGCCUGAGGAAAAUUUCGAAACUCGAAGAUCCGGCUGAGUAUUCCAGAACAGGGCUUAUGCCUAGGAAAAAUGAUCUGGACAUGAACCAGCAUGUUAAUUCUGUUACCUACAUUGGAUGGGUUUUAGAGAGUAUGCCUCAAGAUAUUAUUGACACUCACGAACUGCAAACGAUCACCUUAGACUACAGACGAGAAUGCCAACAUAACGAUAUAGUUGAUUCCCUCACAAGCCCCGAACCGACUGAGGAUUCUGAUGGGGUUCCAGAGCUUCAAGGAACAAAUGGGUCUCCUGCAACAGGAGACAAACAAGACUUCCGUCAAUUCUUGCACUCGCUGAGAUUGUCAGGUGAUGGCUCUGAAGUAAGCCAAGCUCGCACUAAGUGGAGAAAGAAACCUCCUAGACAAGGAAAUAAUGGAGUUUUGUAACACUCCGAAUUCGGAAUUUAUUCGAAUUGAAACGCAACAUCAUCCUAAAAUAAAAAUUAAUUAUUUAAUAUCAGAAAUAAUUCAAUAAAUUUAACAUAUUUAAAAUUAUA